AUUUGCUUAACAGGAAUCAGCGGAAAUGUUCAACACAUAUAAAUAUUCUGUUUACCUAGUCAUAUGUUGUUACUUUUUUGGAUUGCGCGCUGACAGAGAUCAUUCACUGCGAUUUAAAAACUGCACAACGACAGGGGACUGCCCUGAUCAUUCCAUAUGUUCUAAAGUCGAUGGCAACUACAAUUGCAUCUGCGGGCAGGGAUAUCAUUGGAAUCCCGACUGGUCAGCUGGAAACAUUGAUAUGAGUGACGCCGACUAUUGCUACAGCGAGCCGGCAAAUAAAACCGGUACAACUGAACACAAUCGCCUACCCGCUAAGAGCGAGCAUCUGGCAGUCGUCGUUCUACUCGUGUUAUUUGCAGUCAUCAUUGUCACUCUCAUACUAUACGUGUGCCACUGUUAAGCAUUCUUUCAUUUUUAGUGCUAAAUGCACUUUUAGUAUAUCAUAAAAAUAUCACCAUAAAAAUACCAAUUUAGAUAGGUCUAUCGUUUCUACGGUAUUAACGCACAGAACCGGCUGAGAUAUAAUUCCUCAUUAUUUACAACAAAUGAUUAAAGACCCAAAACUUGCCAAAUGACAUCAAUUAUUAAAUUACACACCAUAUCGGGUGCAAUGGAUGAAUCGCCGCCGUGCUACAUUCUACAAAUAGACGAUGUCCGAAUAUUGCUCGACUGCGGUUGGGACGAAAAAUUUGAUCCAAAUUUUAUAAAGGAAUUGAAAAGGCAAGUGCAUACACUGGACGCCGUACUGCUCUCACAUCCAGAUGCAUAUCACCUGGGCGCGCUACCAUAUCUCGUUGGCAAGCUGGGCCUCAACUGUCCCAUUUAUGCGACGAUACCUGUCUUCAAAAUGGGGCAAAUGUUCAUGUACGAUUUAUAUAUGUCGCAUUUCAACAUGUACGACUUCGAUCUAUUCUCAUUGGAUGAUGUAGAUACAGCCUUCGAAAAGAUCACACAAUUGAAGUACAACCAAACGGUCUCCUUGAAAGGUAAAGGCUAUGGCAUUUCCAUAACUCCGCUCAGCGCGGGCCACAUGAUUGGCGGCACCGUUUGGAAGAUAGUGAAAGUUGGCGAGGAGGAUAUUAUCUAUGCCAUAGAUUUCAAUCACAAGAAAGAAAGGCAUCUCACUGGCUGUGAGCUGGACAGAUUACAAAGACCAUCGCUGCUAAUCACCGACGCAUACAAUGCACAAUACCAACAGGCGAGGCGACGAGCACGCGAUGAAAAAUUGAUGACCAACAUUUUGCAAACUGUACGCAAUAAUGGCAAUGUACUCAUCGCUGUGGACACAGCGGGUCGCGUACUGGAGUUGGCGCACAUGCUUGAUCAAUUGUGGAAGAACAAGGAGUCUGGACUAAUGGCCUACUCGUUGGCACUGCUAAACAAUGUCAGCUACAACGUAAUUGAAUUUGCCAAGUCGCAAAUCGAAUGGAUGAGCGAUAAGCUAACGAAAGCCUUUGAGGGCGCGCGUAACAAUCCGUUUCAAUUCAAGCACAUCAAUCUUUGCCACACGCUAGCCGAUAUAUAUAAGCUGCCCGCGGGUCCAAAAGUAGUGCUGGCCAGUACACCUGACAUGGAGAGUGGAUUUACCCGCGACCUAUUUGUGCAAUGGGCGGGAAAUCCAAAUAAUAGCAUUAUUUUUACAACACGUACCGGUCCAGGUUCCCUCAGCAUGGAGCUGGUGGAAAAUUUUACGCCUGGCAGACAGAUUGAACUGGAUUUGCGGCGACGCGUUGAACUUGAGGGCCCUGAGCUGGAGGAAUAUCUGCGAACGCAGGGCGAAAAGCUAAAUCCGCUUAUAGUGAAACCAGAAGCGGAAGAGGAGAGCAGCUCCGAGUCUGAGGAUGACAUUGAAAUGAGUGUGAUUACAGGCAAGCAUGAUAUUGUGGUGCGGUCCGAGGGGCGCCAUCAUUCCGGUUUCUUUAAGUCAAAUAAACGGCAUCAUGUGAUGUUCCCCUACCACGAGGAAAAGAUUAAGUAUGACGACUAUGGCGAAGUUAUCAAUUUGGAUGAUUAUCGCAUUGUGGAUGCUGGCUAUGACUACGCACCCAUGGAUGAGCAAAACAAAGAGAAUAUCAAAAAGGAGGAGCCACAUGUCGAACAGCAGUCCAAUGGCAACUUAGAUAACGAUGUCCAAAUGCUGGAGAAACCCACAAAAUUGAUCAGUCAACGCAAAACCAUCGAGGUCAAUGCUCAAAUACAACGCAUUGAUUUCGAAGGACGAUCUGAUGGCGAAUCUAUGCUAAAGAUUCUCUCACAGCUGCGUCCGCGACGCGUCAUUGUAGUGCACGGCACAGCGGAGGGCACACAGGUAGUGGCCAAGCACUGUGAGCAAAAUGUAGGCGCUCGCGUCUUUACUCCACAAAAAGGCGAAAUAAUCGAUGUGACAACUGAGAUUCACAUCUAUCAGGUGCGCCUAACAGAAGGUCUCGUCUCCCAGCUACAAUUUCAGAAGGGCAAAGAUGCGGAAGUGGCCUGGAUUGAUGGUCGCCUCGGUAUGCGCCUCCAGGCCAUCGAUGCACCAACUCAAUCGGAAGUCACUGUAGAGCAGGAUGUGGCAGCGCUAGAAGGCAAAACUCUCACGUUAGAGACACUUGAAGAAGACGAAAUACCCGUUCACAAUUCGGUGUUGAUCAACGAACUGAAAUUGUCCGAUUUCAAGCAGGUGCUCAUGCGCAACAACAUUAACUCGGAAUUCUCCGGCGGCGUCCUCUGGUGCUGCAACGGCACUCUGGCGCUACGGCGUGUCGAUGUUGGCAAAGUGGCUAUGGAGGGCUGCCUAUCCGAGGAAUACUACAAGAUACGCGAACUACUCUAUGAGCAGUACGCUAUUGUAUAAAGAAUAAAAAAUUAUU